GCGCGACAGGAACUUUCUCUUCGUGGGAGUCAUGACUGCCCAGAAAUACCUGCAGACCCGCGCCGUGGCCGCCUACAGAACGUGGUCCAAGACAAUUCCUGGGAAAGUUGAAUUCUUCUCUAGUGAGGGUUCAGACACAUCUAUACCAAUUCCAAUAGUGCCACUACGGGGCGUGGAUGACUCCUACCCACCCCAGAAGAAAUCUUUUAUGAUGCUCAAGUACAUGCAUGACCACUACUUGGACAAGUAUGAAUGGUUUAUGAGAGCAGAUGAUGAUGUUUACAUCAAAGCAGAUCGUCUGGAGAAUUUUCUAAGGAGUUUGAAUAGCAGCGAGCCCCUCUUUCUUGGGCAGACGGGACUAGGUACCACGGAAGAAAUGGGAAAACUGGCCCUCGAGCCUGGUGAGAACUUCUGCAUGGGAGGGCCUGGUGUGAUCAUGAGUCGGGAGGUGCUUCGGAGAAUGGUACCACACAUUGGCAAGUGUCUCCGGGAAAUGUAUACCACCCAUGAGGACGUGGAGGUGGGAAGAUGUGUCCGCAGGUUUGCAGGGGUGCAGUGCGUCUGGUCUUAUGAGAUGCAGCAGCUUUUUUAUGAGAAUUACGAACAGAACAAAAAAGGGUACAUUAGAGAUCUCCAUAACAGUAAAAUUCACCGAGCUAUCACAUUACACCCCAACAAAAACCCACCCUACCAGUACAGACUCCACAGCUACUUGCUCAGUCGCAAAAUAGCUGAACUUCGUCAUCGCACAAUACAGCUCCACCGAGAAAUCGUCCUGAUGAGCAAAUACAGCAACACUGAGAUUCAUAAAGAAGACCUCCAGCUGGGAAUCCCUCCUUCCUUUAUGAGGUUCCAGGCCCGCCAACGAGAGGAGAUUCUGGAAUGGGAGUUUCUGACUGGGAAAUACUUGUAUUCAGCUGCCGACGGCCAGCCCCCUCGAAGAGGAAUGGACUCCGCACAGAGGGAAGCCUUGGACGACAUCGUCAUGCAGGUCAUGGAGAUGAUCAAUGCAAAUGCCAAGACCAGAGGGCGCAUCAUCGACUUCAAGGAGAUCCAGUAUGGCUACCGUAGGGUGAAUCCCAUGUAUGGGGCUGAGUACAUUCUGGACCUGCUGCUUCUGUACAAAAAGCACAAAGGGAAGAAAAUGACGGUCCCCGUGAGGAGGCAUGCAUAUCUACAGCAGACUUUCAGCAAGAUCCAGUUUGUGGAGCAUGAGGAGCUGGAUGCAAAGGAAUUGGCCAACAAAAUCAAUCAAGAAUCUGGAUCUUUGUCAUUUCUCUCAAAUUCCCUGAAGAAGCUUGUUCCCUUCCAGCUCCCCGGGUCGAAGAACGAGCACAAAGAACCCAAAGAUAAAAAGAUAAAUAUAUUGAUUCCUUUAUCUGGACGUUUUGACAUGUUUGUGAGAUUUAUGGGGAACUUUGAGAAGACAUGUCUUAUCCCCAAUCAGAACGUCAAGCUCGUCGUCCUGCUUUUCAAUUCUGACUCCAAUCCCGACAAGGCCAAACAAGUUGAACUGAUGAGAGAUUAUCGCAUUAAGUAUCCUAAAGCUGACAUGCAGAUUUUGCCUGUAUCUGGAGAGUUUUCAAGAGCACUAGCCCUGGAAGUAGGAUCUUCCCAGUUUAAUAAUGAAUCUUUACUCUUCUUCUGUGAUGUCGAUCUUGUGUUUACUACAGAAUUUCUUCAGCGAUGUCGAGCAAAUACACUUCUGGGCCAACAAAUAUAUUUUCCAAUCAUCUUUAGCCAGUAUGACCCAAAGAUUGUUUAUAGUGGAAAAGUUCCCAGUGAUAACCAUUUUGCCUUUACUCAGAAAACUGGCUUCUGGAGAAACUAUGGGUUUGGCAUCACUUGUAUUUAUAAGGGAGAUCUUGUCCGAGUGGGUGGCUUUGAUGUUUCCAUCCAGGGCUGGGGGCUGGAGGACGUGGACCUUUUCAACAAGGUUGUCCAGGCAGGUUUGAAGACAUUUAGGAGCCAGGAAGUAGGAGUGGUGCAUGUCCACCAUCCUGUCUUCUGUGAUCCCAAUCUGGAUCCCAAACAGUACAAAAUGUGCUUGGGGUCCAAAGCAUCGACCUAUGGGUCUACACAGCAGCUGGCUGAGAUGUGGCUAGAAAAAAAUGACCCAAGUUACAGUAAAAGCAGCAAUAAUAAUGGCUCAGUGAGGACAGCCUGAUGUCCAGCUUUGCUGGAAAAAGACUUUUUUAAUUAUCUAAUUUAUUUUUCAAAAAUUUUUUGUAUGAUCAGUUUUUGAAGUCCGUACAAGGAUAUAUUUUACAAGUGGUUUUCUUACAUAGGACUCCUUUAAGAUUGAGAGCUUUUUGAACAAGAAUGUGAUCAUUGUUUGCCUUGAACACAUCUUCUUGCCGAACGUUAUGUAGCAGGCCUGGUUAAUUUUGACUUGAAAUGUACCUAUGAACAAAACUUUUUUUUUUUUUUACAUUUUCUUUUCAGACCCCUUUGCUACAGUCCUAUGGCAGAAAACAUGAACGGUCCUGCAAAGUAUUAUUGUAACAAAACACUGUAACUCUGGUAAAUGUUCUGUUGUGACUGUUAACACUGCACAGGUUCUA